GGAGUCGGCGUCAGUGCGGUUACCGCGUAAUUUUCAUGCCAACGAUAAGUUUUUUCCUGUCUUAAUGUGACGCAUUUGAUUGAAAAUGUAAUUAGCCAUUGACCAGUGAUUUGUCAUAACGAUUCGACCUUGGUGUAAUAACAAUAAAUUUUUGAUCUAUUUUACUGGAUAAAAAAUGUCGGGGGAUAUCAGAUCGUAUUUUUCAAAAUCUCCCAGAGGACAAAUCUCAAACAAUGAUGUUAAACCAUCAAAAGUCAAAAAACGAGCAGUGAUUUCAUCCGAUGACGACGACGACGUACAAAUUAUUCACAGCACAAUAUCUGGAAUACCUGCCAAGAAGAUACCUAAAAAACAAAUUCUCUCUGGUUCAGAGGAUAAGAGUAAGAAAAAAUCCUCACCAAGUGAAAAGAAAAAGAAGGAGAGUGAUGUAAAAGCUGUUGAUAUUAGGACUAUGCUUGGAAAAACUCCAGUAAAAAGAGUAAAUGCACCAAAAAAAGCAACACUCCCAGACACUAAGAAUAAGAAAUCAGAUUUAGAAUUUGAUGAUGAUGCGGAUUUUGAGGAAAGUUUGAUAGCACUGGACAUUGAAGAAAUUGAAGCAAAUCACAAGAAAACAGUCAAUGAAAAUAAUGCAGUUGGCAAGAGAAAGAAGAAUUCUAACAGCGAUGAUGAUGUUACAUCAAAAAAGCCAAAAAUCCAACAAAACACUAGUGAUGAUGAUAGUGAUCAGACUGCUCACAAUAGUAGAAAGAAAAACUCUUCACCCAAGAAAGCAUCUAAAGUUAGUGAGAAAAAUACCUCCAAGGCCGUCAAGCUGCCUAAUGAGAAGGAAGUGCACUCAAAAAAGCCGACUUCAAAUAUUGAAAUUAAUCAUGAGGAGAAAAAACCCAAGAAAAAGGCUUCGGAAGAAGAAGCGGAAUAUUUGGAGGAAGGGGUGAUGAGGAAGAAGGAAGCAUCAGUACGGUAUCAGGCUUACCUGGCAAGAGGUGGAGCCAGGAAUCCUGGAUCAAAAUCCAUUCCAGACGGUGCUUCGAAUUGUUUGGCUGGUUUAAGUUUCGUGUUGACUGGUGUUUUCGAAUCACUGGAAAGGGAAGAAGCUAGUGAUUUGAUUAAAAAAUAUGGUGGACGUGUAGUAACCGGGCUAUCCAAAAAAAUUAAUUACAUGGUGGUGGGUGAAGAGGCUGGCCAGGCCAAAUUGGCCAAAGCAACAUCACUGCAGAUCAAACAAAUAUCAGAGGAUGAAUUGCUGGAUCUGAUUCGCAGUAAACCUGCUGGAAAUUCGCACGAUAUAAUUCUCCCCAAAGAAAAGAAAGAUAAAUCUCCAUCAGAGUCGAGUAAAAUUAUGAAAGAAAAAUCGUCACCAGUUUCUCCCGCCAGGAAGAGUCCUGUAUUACCAUCGAAUAUAAUUGUCAAGGAGCCUCAGGAGGGAUCGAAAGCAGAAUCGAUUGAUAAUUCAAAAUACUUCGGUGAUGCAAAGGCCCUCGUUGAGAAGUAUCGACCAACAAAGAUGAAGCAAAUAAUUGGCCAGCAGGGGGAGAGUAGUAAUGUAAAAAAGCUGUACAAUUGGUUAUCAAAUUGGCAUAAAAACCGUUCCAGCAAUGUCAAACAUACAAAGCCAUCAUUGUACGCUAAAAAUGAUACUGGUGCUUAUUUCAGAGCUUGUCUUCUGUCAGGGCCACCAGGUGUUGGUAAAACAACGAGUGUUCAAGUUGUUUGCAGUGAAUUAGGUUUUGAUUUAUUGGAAUUCAAUGCUUCAGAUACUCGUAAUAAAAAACUAUUGAAGGACCAAGUGUCGGGGUUGCUUUCCAAUACAACGAUGAAGGGAUAUGCUACUGGUGAUACCAAGGAUAAAUCCACCACCACAAAGCACAUUUUACUCAUGGAUGAGGUCGACGGUAUGGCCGGUAAUGAAGACCGUGGUGGCCUUCAAGAAUUAAUUGCUCUGAUUAAAUCAACGGAUAUUCCAAUAGUGUGCAUUUGCAACGACCGAAAUAAUCCAAAAAUGAGGACUCUGGCCAACUAUGUUUAUGAUCUGCGAUAUCAAAAGCCGAGAAUUGAGCAAAUUAGAGGUGCCAUGAAAUCUUUGUGUUGCAAAGAAGAUAUUAAAAUAUCAACUGAAGAUUUGGAUCGGCUCAUUCAAGCGACAAAUCAAGAUGUACGUCAGGUGAUCAAUCAUCUUGCAAUGUUGAUUGGAGACAAUUGUGUAAGGGAAAAUCAUCUAGACAAAUCAUCAAAGUUGAAUAAAGAUCUUAAGCUUGGACCUUGGGAAGUGGUGAGAAAAGUUUUCAGCGCUGAUGAACAUAAGAGCAUGACAAUUCACGAUAAAAGUGAUCUUUUCUUUCAUGAUUACAACAUUGCUGGGCUGUUUGUUCAAGAAAAUUAUUUAUCUGUCAAUCCAAAAGCACCGAAAACGGAAUUAUUGGACAGAGUGGCAGCCAGUGCUGACUCUUUGUCCCUUGGUGAUCAAGUGGAAAGAGCUAUACGUUCACAAAUGGCGUGGUCACUUUUACCAACGCAGGCGUGUUAUUCUUCUGUAAUACCUGGUACUCUGAUGUCUGGUCACAUUACAGGUCAAAUUAAUUUCCCAACUUGGCUUGGAAGAAAUUCUCGGCGUAAUAAAUUUGACAGACUGCUUCAAGAAAUUACAGCUCAUACGCGAUUAGUCACGGGGGCUAGUAAAGAAGCCAUUAAUAUGGAUUAUUUGAAGUCUAUGAGGGACGCUAUUACAAGGCCACUUGUUGUUGAAGGAGCUGAGGGUGUUGAGGAUUCAUUGAAAAUAAUGAAUCAUUAUCAUCUGUUAAGGGAGGAUUUAGAUUCGUUAAUUGAGGUUUCUUUGUGGCCUGGAAAUCGUGACCCUAUGCAGUCCGUCGAAUCCAAAGUCAAAGCUGCUUUUACACGGAAUUAUAAUAAACAUUCAGCGCCAGUGCCAUUCGUUGUUAAAUCAACCGUAUCUAAGAAAAGAGGUCAAACUGCUCCCGAUGAUGGAUUUGUCGAUGAUGAUGAUGAUGAUGAUAGUAAUGAUGAUGAGUCUGAUGAAGAGAACAAUAGUCUCGAUGUCGAUAAAAUGGUCAAGGCUAAAAAAACCGCUGCCAGUAACGUGACUGCGUCCACGAGCAAGGGCCAAGGGAAACCACGGAGUACACGAGGCCGAGGACGUGGAAAAUCAUGAAGUAGGUAAAAUUCAUUCCAAAAUUCAUAUCUUCGUCAUCAUGUCCAUUAUCAAUUUUCUUCCGUAUGAUUGCAGAUUUUUUAGACAUGGAGGGUUUUAUUUUUUUACACAAUUUGUCAAAAUUUCGUAUUUCAUAUUUAUUAAAAAACAAAUCACAGUGAUUGUAUUGAGUACAUAUUGAGCUUUUUCUUCCAUAUUCGCCAAUCAUUUUUGUAGGCAAUAUUAUAGUUUUUGUAUCUCUCGGUGUAAAAUAUUAAUGAUUUGCUGCGCAAACUGAAAUGAAAAAAGAGCGUAAUAAAUAAACCUGAAUACCG